AUGGGAAAUUCUUACGCUGGUCAGCUCAAGACAACACGGUUUGAAGAAGUGUUGCAUAAUUCUAUUGAGGCCUCUCUCCGCUCAAACAACUUAGUUCCCAGACCAAUCUUUUCUCAGUUGUAUUUGGAAGCUGAACAGCAACUGUCGUCACUGGAAGCAGGCAGCAGAGCAGAUAAUGAGGAAGAAGAAGAAGAGGAGGAGGAAGAAGGCUCAGAAUCGAGUAGUCCUCCUGUUUCUUACCAGAUGAAGCCUCCCCCAGAAGGAUGUUGCACUACUGAUGGUUUCUGCCAGGCUGGUAAAGAUUUGAGACUGGUUUCAAUUUCCAAUGAACAUAUUGAGGUACCAUCAGGAUUUUUACUUGUUGGUGCAAAGUCACCAAAUUUACCUGAUCACCUUUUAGUGUGUGCUGUGGAUAAAAGAUUCCUGCCGGAUGACAAUGGGCACAAUGCCCUGUUGGGCUUCUCUGGCAAUUGUGUUGGCUGUGGCAAGAAAGGUUUCUGCUACUUUACAGAAUUCUCAAAUCACAUUAAUCUUAAACUGACCACUCAGCCCAAGAAACAGAAACACUUAAAGUAUUAUCUGGUCAGGAAUGCACAGGGAGCUUUGACCAAAGGAUCUGUAAUCUGCUGGAAAGGGGCAGAGUUCAGAGGCCGGCAGUCUUCAUCCAGCACCUGCUCAAGCACAUUGUUCCAACUGCCGGAAAGUUCGGGGCUCUCGGGAAGCACCUCCAGUGAGCCGCUCCCAGCAGCAAACCCAAGUGCUCCAGCCGGGACUCAGCAAACAGCUGCAGCCAUAGACCACAUCCCUUCAACAGCAGCAUUCAGCUCCGCAGUUUAUAAUGGGAAGGAAUCGCCUAAACAACAGUUGGUGAAAAAUAACCUGUCUGCUCUGACAAGACCUUCAGUGUUAGGUACUUUAACAAAUUCAGGGCCUCCAAAAAAGCGCCAUAAAGGUUGGUCACCAGAAUCUCCAUCGUCUACUGAAACUUGGAACUUGCAGCUCAACCCACAGGCUCCAAACAGAAUUAAAAACGAUGGAGGAAGCCUAUCAUCUUUACCACAUUCUGCCUUGGUGGGGCCAGCCUCAUCUCCGAUGGUGGGCUCAGGAGAGCCGGUGGCAGUUCCUGACAACUUGCUGAAAAUCUGCAAAGCAAAGCCAGUUAUUUUUAAAGGUCAUGGAAACUUCCCAUAUCUUUGUGGGAACAUUAAUGAUGUGAUAGUGAGUCCUUUGUUGUACACCUGUUACAGAAAUUCACAGUCUUUAUCUAGAGCAUAUGAACAAUACGGUGCCUCCACAAUGCAGCCUAUUUCAGAGGAAAUGCAGCUCUUACUGACUGUCUACUACCUUGUUCAACUAGCCUCAGACCAGGUACCUUUGAUUGAGGAUUUGGAACAAAUAUUCAUGCGUUCAUGGCGGGAAUCUCACCUGUCUGAAAUCCGUCAGUACCAACAGGCUCUUCCACAGACCUUUCCUCAAGUGCCCAGCCAGAUCGCACCAGUGACUUCAGCCCAGCUCCCCUGGCUGGCCGGCCUCGCAGCUAGCUCCUGUAACGAUAGCGUCCAUAUCAUUGAGUGCAGCUACUCUCUGGCUGAAGGGCUUUCAGAAAUGUUUAAGCUACUCAUUGAAGGAAAAUUAAUAAAGACAAACUACGUGGUGAUCAUAUGUGCCAGUAGAAAUCGAGCCAUUGAUUCCUGCAUUGUGAUAACAGGAAAGUAUCAGGCGAGAGUUCUGUCUGAGAGCAUGCUCACUCCUUCAGACUACCAAAAAGAAGUUAACUAUCAGCUGGUCACGGGGAAGGUGGAAACUCUGGGGUCCUUCUUUAGCACACUCUGCCCAGAGGGUGACAUUGAUCUUUUGCUGGAGAAAUUUUAUCAGGAAAACCAAGGGCACAUCUCUUCAUCACUUUCUGCUUCAGUGAAUAAACCAACAGCACUGAAUGGAACCGGAGCAGCUGCAUGUACAAGUUAUGAGAUUGAACGACAUCAGAUUCGUCCAUUCCAGCUAGCAGUGGCUCAGAAAUUGCUGUCUCAUAUUUGCUCAAUUGCUGACUCCAGCACUCAAAAUCUUGAUUUGGGUUCCUUCGAGAAAAUUGAUUUCUUGAUUUGUGUUCCACCUUCCGAAGUGACUUAUCAGCAGACUUUGUUUCAUCUCUGGCACUCAGGUAUCUUAUUAGAACUUGGAUUAGAAAAGGAACAUCUUACAAAGCAGAGACUGGAACAGUAUGUUAUAAAACUAGAUGCAGAAGCCCAGAUUAAAUUCAAAGUCUUUUUACAAAACUCUAUGCAGAAUCCACAUACACUGUUUGUCCUAAUCCAUGAUCACGCACACUGGGAUCUAAUGAGUGCUGUGCACAGCCUUUAUCCUCAAACAGAACUGUCUACAGGACUCGUUGAUAAACUGUUGAACUGCAGGGAGGUGAAAGAGGCACCAAAUAUUGUGACCCUCCAUGUGACUUCCUUCCCCUAUGCGCUGCAGACACAGCAUACGCAUAUCAGCCCUUACAAUGAGAUCCACUGGCCUUCUUCAUACAGCAAUGGUGUAGAUUUAUACCACGAAAACAAGAAAUACUUUGGACUGUCAGAAUUCAUUGAGUCUACCCUCUCUGGACAUAGUAUUCCACUGCUUCGGUAUGACAGCUCUUUUGAAGCAAUGGUCAUGGCUUUGGGAAAAAGGUUCCCCAGAUUACACAGUGCAGUGAUAAGGACUUUUGUCCUCAUACAACACUACUCUGCAGCUAUGAUGGCAGUGUGUGGUCUUUCUCAGAUGAAGAAUUACACCUCAGUUGAAACUCUGGAAAUCACUCAAAACCUAAUAAACUCUUCAAGGCAAUGUCCUAGUGGUCAUGGUCUCAUGGUAGUGUUGAGAAUUCCCUGUACUCCGCUGGCUGCAGUGGCAUAUGAACGUCUGUAUAACGUAAGGGAAAGACUAGCCCUUGAAGAUAACUUUGAAAUAAUCUUGGGAAAUCCUAAUUCUGGAAUCACAAUAGGGAAGCGCUUUGUGGAGCAACUGAAGGUCUGGCAGAAAAUUGAAGAUGUAGAUUGGAGGCCACAGACCUAUUUGGAAUUGGAAGGUUUGCCUUGUAUAUUGAUAUUUAGUGGUAUGGAUCCACAAGGGGAGUCUUUGCCACGAUCACUGAGAUACUGUGACCUACGUUUAAUAAAUUCAUCUUCUUUGGUAAGGACAACCUUGGAGCAAGAACUUGGUUUGGCAGCAUACUUUGUGAGCUCAGAAAUUCACACAGAGAAAGCAGUUGUGAAUGAUGUGUUAGAAAGUGACCCAGAGAAACUAAGCAGCACUGAUAAUGAAGAUGAAGAAAUAGCGACAGAAGGUAUUAUUGAAACAGGUUCUACUUCAGAAAAGAGAAGUCCUAUGAAAAGAGAAAGGUCUCGUUCCCAUGGCUCUGCAUCUUCAUCUCUCUCUUCAAAAGCUUCCAGUAAGACCUUAAGAUCAUCUCUAUUAACAUUCUGCAGCGAGUCAUCUCCUCCUUUAAUAGCAGCAGGGGAUACAGCAAAAUCCCCUCACCAAGUCCUAAGCAACAGCACUGAAGAAACUACAAGUAUCUAUGAAAGGCAGAAGCAAAAAGUAGACAAGGGGGCACAAACAACAAUCAGCAAACACUUACCACCAGCAACUGAACAGACGGAUAUGAAACAAAACAUAAAAAGUGCCCAAAUUUCCAUCACCUCGUCAUCCUCCUCACCUUUCUCCUCCUCUUCCUUCUCCUCUGCACCUACUCAUAACUCCUUCAUCCUACAGACCUCUCAAUGCUCCAUGACCAAAGCAUCAAAACAGCCUCCCAUAGUUUUCCUGCCCAAACUGGUUUAUGACAUUAUUACUUCUACGGACAGCAGUGGACUUCCCAAAUCAUCUUCCCUCUUGCCUUAUCAUUCUGUUAUGUGGGCAAGUUCUUUUCGCCCUCUUAUGAGUAAGAUGAUGACUUGCACGGAGCAGUCUCUAUACUACCGCCAAUGGACGGUUCCCAAGCCAAUCCAUAUGGACUACAACAAUAGAAAUGAGGGCCGAAUGGACACCUUUCACCCAAGGAGGCUGCUGCUGAGUGGGCCACCACAGAUAGGGAAAACAGGUGCCUACCUGCAGUUCCUCAGUAUUUUGUCCCGAAUGCUGAUUAGAUUGACAGAAGUGGAUGUUUAUGAUGAGGAAGAAAUCAACAUUAACAUAAGAGAAGAAUCUGAUCAAUACUACCAUCAGCCUGGAGAUAUGUGGCCAGAUUUGGAGACGUUUAAGAAGACGCCUUUUGACUACACUAUCCAUGACCCAAAAUAUGAAGAUGCAAGUCUGAUUUGUUCAAAGCUUCAGACUAUAAACAGUGAAGACAGAUCAAUGAGCAGGAGACAGGAGGAUAUGUAUACACACCGUCAAACAACUAGGAUGAGAUUAUCCAAGUAUGCAGCAUAUAACACCUACCAUCACUGUGAACAGUGUCAUCAGUAUAUGGGUUUCAAUCCCAGGUACCAGCUUUAUGAGUCCACACUGCAUGCAUUUGCCUUUUCCUAUUCUAUGCUGGGAGAAGAGAUCCAGCUGCAUUUUAUCAUUCCGAAGUCAAAGGAGCAUCAUUUUGUCUUUAGCCAACCAGGAAGACAAUUGGAAAGCAUGAGGCUACCACUAGUCACAGAUAAGAGUGAAGAUUACAUAAAAAGCCCCACUUUUACUCCCACCACUGGUCGUCAUGAACAUGGACUUUUCAAUUUGUAUCAUGCAAUGGAUGGAGCCAGUCAUUUGCAUGUUUUAGUUGUCAAGGAAUAUGAAAUGGCCAUAUAUAAGAAGUAUUGGCCCAACCACAUCAUGCUUGUUCUUCCGAGCAUUUUCAACAGUGCGGGAGUAGGUGCUGCACACUUCCUUAUAAAAGAGUUGUCUUAUCAUAACUUGGAGCUUGAACGAAAUCGUCAGGAGGAGCUGGGGAUAAAACCCCAGGAUAUUUGGCCUUUCAUUGUCAUUUCAGAUGACUCCUGUGUCAUGUGGAAUGCAGUAGAAGUUGAUUGUUCAGGAGACAGGAAAAGUGACUAUACAUGGACUGAAAGGAAUGUUUCCUUGAAGCAAAUUCUGCAACAUAUUGAAGCAACUCCCAAUGUCACUCACUAUGCCUUAAUUGGGAUGAGGAAAUGGUCCAGCAAAACAAACAGUGCUGAGAUCAAGGAACCAUUCUCCUGCUGCCAUGUGCAUGAUUUCAUUAUGCUGAAUGUCGAUCUGACACAGAAUGUACAGUACAAUCAGAACAGGUUUACAUGUGAUGAUAUUGACUUCAACUUGCGUGUCCACAGCGCUGGCCUGCUCAUCUGUCGGUUCAAUCGCUUCAGUGUCAUGAAAAAGCAAAUUGCAGUAGGAGGACAGCGAUCCUUCCACAUUAAGUCUAAGGUAUCUGACACUCCAGUUUCAAUCUCACCUGCUCAGUACAUUUGUGCUCCUGACAGCAAGCAUACCUUCUUGGCAGCACCUGCUCAGUUGCUUCUUGAAAAAUACCUCCAGUAUCACAGCCAUCGCUUCUUCCCUCUCUCACUGAAGAAUUACAGCCACCCAGUGCUAUCUGUGGACUGUUACCUUAACUUAGGACCACAGAUUGCAGUUUGCUAUGUGAGUUCUCGGCCUCACUCUCUGAAUAUCAGUUCCUCUGGUUUGACAUUCAGUGGUCUCCUGCUAUACCUGUGUGACUCCUUUGUUGUAGCUAGCUUUUUGAAGAAGUUUCAUUUUCUUAAAGGUGCCACCUUGUGUGUGAUUUGUCAAGAUCGCAAUUCUCUUCGCCAGACUGUUGUCCGUCUAGAGCUGGAAGAUGAAUGGCAGUUCCGACUGCGGGAUGAAUUCCAGACUGCCAAUGCAAAAGAGGACAGACCACUUUUCUUCUUGACUGGACGACAUAUUUAAUUGAAAGGAGACCCAUUUCCUAAAUGAAACAAGAGACUAGUUGCCACCAUCUCAUGAAAUUACUUUUGAGAGGCUCUGCUUUCAGAAUAGAAGCAGGGCUGUUUUCCAUUGUUCAUUA